AUGGGAAACAGCCCGUCUAAGUCAAACUAUGCCAUAUCGAGUACGAAGACAGCCAGUGCAACUACCAGCAAUGGUCUAGCGACCGGCAGCGAUGAAUUAAACAGCAACGAACCUAAUGACCCCGAUGAUAGUAGGCCCCUACCUACUAUUAACUCACAACAUAUAAAUCUCCCAGCGAGAGUGGCUCCUGGAGAGCCCAAAAACAAAUCUCCUUCCCCUUCCUCUUCUUCCCCGACUCACGCUGCGUGGACUCCACACAGCCCUGCUCCACGCACGCUGUCCCAAACUCGUCACAACAAAGACAAGAGCGGUAAAAAGCGGGCUUCGGCCUCACACGACAUUGAGAUCGACAUGUCCUUCGCUAAAGCUCUUGGGCCUGGGUAUCAAGGGCCUGGUUCCAGCUCCAGCUCCAGUUCUGGUUCCAGCUCCGGCUCUAGCAACUCCAGUAGCAUGACUCCACCAUCGUAUUCUACAGACUCCUCGUUUCUGAACUACAGCUUCAAUGAGAAUGAACCUCAAACCCCAGGAAGUAACACCAUGGCUACAUCUACGACUCAUCCGUUGCCGCCUAUAAAGGAGGAAAUGCAAGCAUCGGCCACCUUGGCCCGCAAGAAUCGCAGCGGCCGUUCCAAUGCUGCGCAAGUUCCACACGAUAGGAAAGCCGCCCCACCGGUAAUCAUAAAGCGUUAUGCUCACGACUCUCAUUCUACAGAAUGUCUCGACAUUGAUGACGUUAUCGAGAAGCUAUUGGAAAUUGGUGGUACGCGGUACUAUCAAGCCAAGGAAUUUCCCUUGAGCACAUGGAAAGUGCAACUGAUCUGUGCCAAAGCAAGAGAAUUAUUCUUGGAACAACCUUCCUUGCUGCGACUUCAAGCUCCCAUCAAGAUCGUUGGUGAUGUUCACGGCCAAUUUACCGACUUGAUGCGCAUCUUGAAACUUUCUGGUGUCCCCUCAGAUUCCAGCUAUUUGUUUCUCGGCGACUACGUUGACCGUGGUAAACAGUCGCUUGAAACAAUGCUGCUUUUGCUAUGUUACAAGAUCAAAUUUCCAGACAGGUUUUACAUGCUCAGAGGAAAUCACGAAUCCGCGAAUGUGACCAAGAUGUACGGAUUUUACGAUGAGUGUAAACGUCGUUUAACCACCAAAAGCUGGAAAAUGUUUGUUGACGUUUUCAACUCUCUGCCUCUUGCUGCAGUUGUUCAAGAUAAGAUUUUCUGCGUCCACGGUGGUAUAUCUCCGCAUCUGCGAGACUUACGUCAAAUUGAGCGUGUUGUUAGACCGACUGAUAUUCCUGACGAAGGUCUUAUAACCGAUUUAUUGUGGAGUGAUCCAGACCCUCAAGUCUCCGAUUGGUCAACCAAUGAUCGUGGUGUCUCCGUUACUUUUAGCAAACGCAAUGUCUUGGAUUUUUGCUCACGAUUUAAUUUUGAUUUAGUCAUACGCGGGCAUAUGGUUGUAGAGGACGGUUACGAAUUUUUCGCCCGCAAGAAACUCGUUACCGUCUUCUCAGCCCCAAACUACUGUGGUGAAUUUCAAAACUGGGGUGCCGUCAUGAGUGUCACCACGGGUCUCAUGUGCAGCUUUGAGCUGCUGAAACCGCAUGGUGUCAAGAACAAGUCGAGGAGCUAG